CGGGAUCCCAAAAGCUGUAACUGGAAUUAGUGUGAAACACACUGCCACUACGUACCAGUCUGUUGUUAAUCACUCGUGUAUGACGGGCUAUAACUACGUGAGUGGAUCCAACACUUCAACAUGCCAGGCUAGUGGACUGUGGACUGAUCCGAGGUUAAACUGUACAACUACAAUCAUGUGCAAAUCGCCUCCAACUCUCUUGAACGCGAACGCUGCCUACAGUUCGGUGAACUUGUACAGCGUGGCGAGUUACAGCUGUGUGGCGGAUCACCAAUUCUUUGGAAGCAGUAACAAGAGUGCGUGUGAGAUGUCGCGUUCCUGGAGCGGUCUAAACGGUACCUGCGAGCGAGUCGCCUUCUACAAGCUAUUGCUGCCUUUUUAUGGUUCGGUACCUGGAACAGUCCAAACUGGCUGGAAGAUGGAAGUGAUAGGUGAACCUCUAGAUGUAGAAAGGAUGACCAUUGAACUACGAUAUCAGGAUGAUUACAAAGCAAUCCAGUUCGACGUCCGAUUCAGGUUUGGGCUGUUCUUGAAGGCUGUGGCUCGAAACUCGUUCACUGCUGAAGGCUGGGGCCCAGAAGAGAGCUUCCAGCAGUACUUUCCAUUCGCUGUAGGACGAGAGUUCAAUCUAACCUUCGUGGUGACUUCAUCCGGUUUUGAUAUCUACGUAGACGAAGUAUAUUUCGUUAGUCGACAGCACUAUGUCGAACCGAGCUUGAUUGAUGAAGUGGUUGUACUCAGAGGUGCCGACGUGGAGUCUGUUAAAUUAUUUUACUACUCACCCGCUGAUGAGGUCACCCCACCGUUUCCACUGUUCAGUGUGAAAUAGGUGAUCAUCACAAAUCCUUACAUGACAG